AUGGCCACUGUCACCCCCGCCGCCGUUGCAAUCCCAUCAUUCACCGGCCUCAAGUCCACCGGUGCAUCCAAGGUGAGCAGCGCCGCCGUUAAGGUUGCAACCUCCCCGAGGAUGUGUGCCAUCAAGUCCUCACUUAAGGAUGUGGGCGUGGCCGUAGCAGCCACUGCAGCAAGUGCAAUCUUGGCAAGCAAUGCCUUGGCCGUUGAGGUGUUGCUCGGCGGCGAUGACGGUUCCUUGGCUUUCGUCCCCAACAGUUUCUCAGUCAGCCCAGGAGAGAAGAUUGUGUUCAAGAACAAUGCUGGAUUCCCACACAACAUUGUGUUCGACGAGGACGGGAUUCCCAGCGGUGUGGAUGCUGGAAAGAUCUCCAUGAGCGAGGAGGACCUCCUCAAUGCCCCAGGGGAGACAUACGCCAUCACCUUGACUGAGAAAGGUGACUAUGCUUUCUACUGUGCUCCUCACCAGGGAGCCGGCAUGGUCGGCAAAGUCACCGUUAACUAA